GGCGGCAGAGCGGAGGCCUCGUGCCCUAACGGCCAUCGCGGUGGCCGCGGUGGCAUCCCGGUGCCCUCCUCAGUGCAGAAGCUGCUGAAAAAUGGCAGAAGAAGUGGUGGUAGUAGCCAAAUUUGAUUAUGUUGCACAACAAGAACAAGAGCUUGACAUCAAGAAGAAUGAGAGACUAUGGCUUUUGGAUGAUUCUAAGUCCUGGUGGCGAGUACGAAAUUCGAUGAAUAAAACAGGUUUUGUGCCUUCUAACUAUGUGGAAAGGAAAAACAGUGCCCGGAAAGCAUCUAUUGUAAAAAACCUAAAAGAUACCUUAGAUUCUGUUAGAGUUCGGGGGAAAAUGUUAUGGGAAGAAAGAAGCCUCAGGAAAACUUUCUAUUGCCUGGGUGUGGGCCACGUCACAUGGAUCGGGUGUGGGGAGUUUCAUGUUGCAGAACCAGGAAGUUUAUACUGAGAAUUCUCCUGAGCUGGGUUAACAAACUGACAAAAGAGAGCACGGGAUUUUUUUCAAAAUGGAUUGGUUCAACGUCUUUAAAGAUUUUUUCAGCAUUGGAAAAGUGAAAAGAAAACAUAGUGUGCCAGAUUCUGCAUCUCCUGCUGAUGAAAGCUUUGUUGACCCAGGGGAACGUCUCUAUGAUCUCAACAUGCCUGCUUAUGUGAAAUUUAACUACAUGGCAGAGAGAGAGGAUGAAUUGUCAUUGAUAAAAGGGACGAAGGUGAUUGUCAUGGAGAAAUGCAGUGAUGGUUGGUGGCGCGGUAGCUACAAUGGACAAAUUGGAUGGUUUCCUUCAAACUAUGUAACUGAGGAAGGUGACAGUCCUUUGGGUGACCAUGUGGGUUCCUUGUCAGAGAAAUUAGCAGCAGUCGUCAAUAACCUAAAUACUGGACAAGUGUUGCAUGUGGUACAGGCUCUUUACCCAUUCAGCUCCUCCAAUGAUGAAGAACUUAAUUUCGAGAAAGGAGAUAUAAUGGAUGUUAUUGAAAAACCUGAAAAUGAUCCUGAGUGGUGGAAAUGCAGGAAGAUCAAUGGAAUGAUUGGUCUGGUGCCAAAAAACUAUGUUACCAUUAUGCAGAAUAAUCCAUUAACCUCGGGUCUAGAACCAUCACCUCCACAAUGUGAUUACAUUAGGCCUUCACUCACUGGAAAAUUUGCUGGCAAUCCAUGGUAUUAUGGCAAAGUCACCAGGCACCAAGCAGAAAUGGCAUUAAAUGAAAGAGGCCGUGAAGGUGAUUUCCUCAUUCGUGAUAGUGAAUCUUCGCCAAAUGAUUUCUCUGUAUCACUAAAAGCACAAGGGAAAAACAAGCAUUUUAAAGUCCAACUAAAGGAGACUCUCUACUGCAUUGGGCAGCGUAAAUUCAGCACGAUGGAAGAACUUGUAGAACAUUACAAAAAGGCACCAAUUUUUACAAGUGAACAAGGAGAGAAAUUAUAUCUUAUUAAGCAUUUAUCAUGAUAUUGUUGACCAGAAGUGACUGCUACACAGUUGUAAUUCAUCAUGUAAUUGAAGACUGAGAAAAUGUCAGUCCAGUCAUGCUUGAUUGGAAAGUGCUGUUUCUAACUCUAUGAGAAUUGACUGUAAUACAUAAGUAUUUUUUAUUAUAACUCGGCACAUACAUAUAUUUACUACAUAUGCCAAGCAUCUGCAUAGAGCAAUUCCUUAUCCUUGGUCUUCUGUUUUAUUGGGAUUUUUUUGGCUGUUUUUCUCUUUGCUUCUAAUAGUAAGGUUUUAUAUUUUGAAAAAAUGAUGCAAGUCAAAAGUCUUUAUAUGGAAGAAUUUCUUUAUUGCCUCUUUAUUUCUGUGUAAGGGCACCACCUUAGUUACUUCUGCAAUGGUUUCUCAUCAUAUAAAAUUAUUAUAUCAAUUAUAUCAAUAUAUGGCAUAUGCUAAAAUAAAUUUCUUGGAGAGUUAAUCUUUUCUGUGACUAAAUAGCAAUAAUAAAUGGAAAAUUAGAAAUUAUUUUCAGGUAUUGUAUUUGUCUCAAGCCAUUGUAAAUAUCAAGUAUGUUGUGUCUGCCAUUAUUCAAAACUCAUUCGUUGUCUUCAGUGUAAAACAAAACAUAUGGGACAUAGGUUAGAAAACAUUAUAUACAAUUUAAUUUUACAACUACUGGAAACAAAAAUCUCUAAAUUCCUAAUAGUUUUGGAGGGGGGUUCUUCUAUCUGUUUAUGCAAGAGAACAAGGCAGUCUCUGAGAUAAUUAGCUUUUCAAACUGUGAAUGGAUGCUUUAGUGUUAUUUCACCAAAGUGUCUUGUAUUUGAAUACAUUACCUGUGUCAAUGUGAAAAAAAAA